AUGACUUGUCCGAGCCUCUCGCUGUUGUGUCUGUGUGUGUGGAUUAUCUGGACUUCGCAGUAUGCUGCAGGCUGUGGAGAGCGACAGCGGAAGGUGGUCGGUCAAUGCUGUGACCUGUGCCCCCCUGGGAAAUACAUGAAAAAGCCCUGCUCAGAGCACCACCAGACUGAGUGCAGCUCCUGUGCUGAGGGCUCCUUCUCAGAUCAGUAUCACUUCUUUGACACUUGUGAGGAGUGUAAGUCAUGCCAAGAAUAUGCUCAAAAAUGUACGCCAACCACAAAUGCAAACUGCUCUUGCCGUCCUGGCUUCCUGUGCUCCAACAAUGUCUGCUCAAAGUGUGAGGAAAAUAAAUGCGUCAUGGGUGAGAGACUGAACAGGACAGGAUUGAUUGGGUAUUCAUACCAUUGUGAGCCUUUAUGCCCUGACGCUCAGUAUUUUGAUGUGAAGAAGAACAUCUGCAAGAAACGGACAGAGUGCAGUUUACUUGGCUUUCCUGAGCUUUUUCCAGGCAACAAAACCCAUGACUCUGUUUGUGAUAGAGGUGAGAGGACAUAUGGAGAGUUGAUUCAUGUCAUCCUUGGCCUUGGGUUUGUUUUGAUUUCUCUAAUUCUUCUUGGGCUCCUGUCUUAUGCCUGCAUAAAGAAUCUGAGGAAGUAUAAACCCGCUGAUAAACCUGAACCCGUCCCCAGCUCCAUCUGUGACUUUCACCUGUCUAAGGAGGAGAGCGGAUUCCAGCUUAUCAUCCAGGAUAAAUCUGAGAACAACAGUUUGUGUGACUCAUACGUGGACAAGGUCACUUCUUUCUGACAUCAAGUCUAAGAUGAAACUAGGAGUCUGUUUAACCUCAAACUGGACCAUAAUACUGAAAAGUAAUUAAGUAUCUAAGCUUUA